AACGUUAUUUUAAGCCGCUUGAACGUGAUGCAGCAAAUACGACCAAAGUACACCACGAUUUUACAGCAGUUGGUAGGGUCCAAUGUCCUCUGAUGUUGAAGGGAGUAAGACGCUGAAGGCCAAGGCUAGGAGAGAAACAUGGUGAACUUUGCUACUCUGGUACGUGAACAUUGGAUGAACAUACUUGUCCCCAUUGGUUUCGUUAUCGGUUUCUACAUGGACAGAGCACAAGACGAGAAACUGACCAAUUUCAGAAACAGAAGUGCACUGUACAGCAGGGAGCUAAAGCCUGGUGAGGAAGUUACCUGGAAGUGAACCCACCUGUCUUGGAAUACUUGCUGUGCCCAAGUCACCUCUCCUGUUGUGUGAAUGUUUCUCAAUGGCUUUCAAAUUGAAUACCCAGAUAGGUUUGUCACAGUAUCGUUAUAGGUUGUAUUGACCAAUAAAAAUGUGUCACCUACAA